CCUGUGUUUACUUAACACCUGCCAUUCUCUAGACAGCCUUCUCAUUGCCUCUGCUAAAGGAUUUCCCCUUCAGAAUCAGCAGCUAAAUGAGAUCAUGAUUUUGGAAGGAACUGGCAGAAUGAGUAUCAAUUCCAGCAGCAAUCUACUUCACCAGCAACCUUCCUGGACAGAUGGAUAUCCCACAUGUAAUGUGCCUGGCAGUUUCUAUGGAACUCAGUGGCAUGAGAUACACCCUCAAUACUGGACCAAAUACCAGGUGUGGGAGUGGCUACAGCAUUUCCUGGAUACCAACCAGCUGGAUGCCAACUGCAUACCUUUCCAGGACUUUGACAUCGAUGGCGAACAUCUGUGCAGCAUGACUUUGCAUGAAUUCACCCACGCAGCUGGGACAGCCGGCCAACUUCUUUACAGCAACCUUCAGCACCUAAAAUGGAAUGGUCAGUGUGGCAGUGAAAUGUACCCGUCACAUAAUGUCGUUGUAAAAACAGAACAAACAGAUCCAUCCUUAAUGGCCUCCUGGAAAGAAGAGAAUUAUUUGUAUGACAGUGGUUAUGGUAGCACAGUAGAGUUAUUGGACAGUAAAACUUUCUGUCGCGCACAGAUUUCCACGACUACUACCAGUCACCAGCCUCUUGAGUUUUCAGAUGAGAAAAAAACACAAGAUCAUCCUCCAAAGUCCCACACAAAGAAGCACAAUCCUCGAGGAACUCACCUCUGGGAAUUUAUCAGAGAUAUUCUCCUGAAUUCAGAGAAGAACCCAGGAUUAAUAAAGUGGGAAGACCGGUCUGAAGGUGUCUUCAGGUUCUUAAAAUCUGAGGCGGUGGCUCAGCUCUGGGGAAAGAAGAAAAACAAUAGCAGCAUGACUUAUGAGAAACUCAGCCGGGCCAUGAGAUACUAUUAUAAAAGAGAAAUACUGGAGCGUGUGGAUGGCCGAAGAUUAGUCUAUAAAUUUGGGAAGAAUGCCCGUGGCUGGAGAGAAAAUGAGAAUUGAAGAUGUCAGCAAAAACAACAGCAAAAUCUUCUGGACGUAAAUAUUUCAAAGACUGUUCUCUUCUAUUUAUGUACCAAAAUGGGGGGGAAAAACCCAACUUCUAACAGGAAGAAGGAACACUAUCAUUGGUGUCAAAAUUAUUUUAGUUGAAGUAUGUCCUGUAUGGGGAAAAAAUGUACACAGUUUUCUGUGAUAUAUGGUAACAUAUGAUUGUGAUUAAUUUUCCCAUCUUGUGAAGUUUUUUUUAUAUAGUGCAGGAGUAAUGUGAUUUAUGACAAUGCUGUGAGUCAUGCAAGUAAAGGCGGGAAUCAUGGGGCAUUAUGUAUUUUUAUGAGUAAAAGAAUUUAAAAUAAGGCAGCCUGCUUUCUGCACAUGAGAAAAAUAAUGAGUUGCUUAUCUUUGUAAGAGGACUCAAGGGCAAUUGUUCAGUUCAGAUCAUAUUAUUUCAACUAUGAAUACCUGUGGAGUAUGAAGUCACAUACGACUGCAUGCAUGAGGCUGAAAAGCAUCUGCCUCAAGUAGCUAUCCCACAACAGUUGCACAUGCUGGAGCAUGUUAGUACACUUAGGAAGUGAACUUUGAGUGGAUAAAACAGUAAGCAUCUCUGAGCCAUGCGGUUGUUUUAAUAGAUUCCUAGGCCAGAAGGGACCUCCAGUAUAACACAGGCC